UAUAUUUUUCUCAGAAUGUUAUAAAAAUGACAUAAUUUCGUGGAAAAUAUUUUCGAUUUCAGUUUAAAUAGCGUUUUUAUACAAAGCAUUAUUCUCUAUAAGAAAUAAACAGUCUGUAUUUUUAAUUCAACAUCAAAACACUGAUCGAGAACUAGGUUAUAACUGCGAUAAUUUUAAAAUGAAUAACAAUUUUCGCGGAAACAAUCGUGGAAGGCGGCCGUGGAACAGACAGAAAAGGGGUGGCAGAGGUUCUUGGGCGCGAGGUGGGGGUCGUCAGACGAAUAACUACGGUAGAAACUUUUCUGGCGAUCGCUCCGGUAACAACCAGUUUGGGAGUAAUAGGCAGUACAAACGUGACACACCAAGCAAGAGGCUGACCGAGGAGGAGAUUGGUGUAACAGAAUAUAUCAGCGACCAUAAAGGUUUUAGUGGAAUUAUUAAAUCAAGAUUUUCAGACUUCCAAGUGUCCGAGAUCAAUGAAGAAGGGGAGGUAGCCAAGUUAACAGACGUUAAACCACCGGAAUUGCCAAAAGAUGAGGCGGUUGAUGAAGACGAAGACCUGCUCUUUAAUAAAUACAACCUGGAGAUACUGCCCAUGGAGACUUGGGACAAAAUAAACCAACUUGUGCAAGAUACCAACACAAAAGAGGAAAAAGUGGAAAUAGAUGUAACUGGAAUGGCUAAAGAUCAGAGAACGAAAAUACAUGAAGCUGUGAAGAAGGCCUUCGGAGAAAGUGUAGUUGGUAGCACUGUUACUGUUGAUGACAAGAAGUUUGUUCAGUUUGACAAGUACAGGAAAGGAAUUCGUAUAGACAACAGAGUGAAGUGGGUAUGGCCAGAGGAGUACUUGUAUUUUGUGUUGUACAAAGAGAACUGUGAUACAAUGGAAGCUGUCUCCCGCCUCGCUGAGCGUCUCAGAAUGAAUAUAAAACCGUCAAUGAUCGGGUACGCGGGCACCAAGGAUAGACGCGCGAAGACGUCGCAGUGGGUGAGCGUGCGGCGCGCUGACCCGCGACGCGUUGCGGCCGCGUGUACCGCGCUGCGUCCCCUCCGCGUCGGCAACUACCGCUUUCGAGCUGUGCCGCUCAAACUUGGCAUGUUGAAGGGCAAUAGAUUCCGUAUAUGUCUCCGCAACGUGACCGCCCCCGAUAGCACAGUGGACGAGGCGUGCGCGCUUCUCCGGGAUAACGGGUUCAUCAACUACUACGGUCUACAGCGGUUCGGUUCCCGGGCGGACGUGCCGACUUAUCUCAUAGGACAGAAGUUGUUGCAGGGGAAGUUUAAAGAGGCCAUCGACCUAAUCCUCCACUCCCGCUCGGGUCCACUAUCGGAGACACUCCAGCUGUACCACUCUGGCGACAUAGACGCGGCGCUGGGCGCGCUGUCGGCGAGCGUGGCGCGCGCGCACCCGGUGGAGUCACGCCUGUUGCAGGCGCUGGCGGAGCGACCUAACGACCUGUUGGGGGCGCUGGCGCAGAUAUCCCGCAACAACCGCCUCCUGUACCUGCACGCUUACCAGUCGCUGCUGUGGAACCGCGCGGCGUCGCGGCGGCUGCGGCGCGCGCGCGGCGUGCUGCCCGGUGACCUUGUGCCUGAUACCGCUGCGGGCAAUGUUGCCUUCGAGGCUCUUGAAGAGGAUUCAGAAAAUGAUGACGAAGAAAUUGAAAAUAACGACACGGAAGAUAAAGAAAAACAAGAAAAAACAGAAGGAAAAUCAGAGAAAGAAAAUAAGAAAAAUAAAAGAGAACCGAAAGAGUUGAUAAAAGUGAAAGUAUUGACUCAAGAAGACGUUGACAGUGGAAGUUAUUCACUGUCAGAUGUAGUGCUCCCGCUACCUGGCUAUAAAGUUACCUACCCGCCUAAUAUGAAGGACUUCUAUGAAGACGAAUUACAGAAAGAUGGACUUAAAUUGGACAUGGUGCAUAAAUUUAAGAGCUACAGUCUGUCCGGCGGGUACCGGACCGUCGUGACACGCGCGGGCGACCUGUCAUGGCGGACGGUGAACUACCGGCGGCCCCACGGCGACCUGCUGCUGUCCGACGCGGACGAGCUCGACGGCGCCGCCACUGCCGAGGACCCGGAUGGGCCAUACAAGGCGUUACUAAUGACGAUGGAUCUACCUUCAAGCUGCUACGCGACAAUGGCGCUUCGGGAACUACUCAGGAUAGAUACCUCCAGCGAGAGCCAGGCGCAGCUGAACAACUACCAUGUAAAAGACAAACAAACAGACGGAAAGACGGAGAUGGACGGACAGACAGAGGCGGGACAAACAGAGAACGGCGGUGAAAAGAGGAAGAAUGAUAGUGAUGAUAAUGUUGAUAAUAAGAAAGUUAAAGCUAAUUAAAUUUUAUUAAUGUU